UUGAAGUGAUCAGUUAAAAUACAUUUUUACUUCCACAGCAAAAUGAAAUCCUUGCUCAUAGCUGCUGUUCUAGUCGCCGUGGCCUUCGCAGGCCCCACCGGCCGCGUGUUGGUCGCUGAGGCCCCUGCCCCCAUCGCAGUUGGCCCCGCCAUCGUCGACACUCCUGCCCCUAUCGCCGUGGGUCCCGCUAUCGUCGACACUCCUGCCCCCAUCGCAGUUGGCCCCGCCAUCGUCGACACCCCUGCCCCUAUCGCAGUUGGCCCCGCCAUCGUCGACACCCCUGCCCCCGUAGCAGUUGGCCCCGCCAUCGUUGACACUCCUGCCCCCAUCGCAGUUGGCCCCGCCAUCGUCGACACCCCUGCCCCCGUCGCAGUUGGCCCCGCCAUCGUCGACACACCUGCCCCGGUCGCAGUUGGCCCCGCCAUCGUUGACACACCUGCCCCCGUCGCAGUUGGCCCCGCCAUCGUGGACACCCCUGCCCCCAUCGCAGUUGGCCCCGCCAUCGUCGACACCCCUGCCCCCAUCGCAGUUGGCCCCGCCAUCGUCGACACUCCUGCCCCCAUCGCAGUUGGCCCCGCCAUCGUCGACACCCCUGCCCCCGUCGCAGUUGGCCCCGCCAUCGUCGACACCCCUGCCCCCGUCGCAGUUGGCCCCGCCAUCGUCGACACCCCUGCCCCCAUCGCAGUUGGCCCCGCCAUCGUCGACACCCCUGCCCCCAUCGCAGUUGGCCCCGCCAUCGUCGACACCCCUGCCCCCGUCGCAGUUGGCCCCGCCAUCGUUGACACCCCUGCCCCCAUCGCAGUUGGUCCCGCCAUCGUCGACACUCCUGCCCCCAUCGCAGUUGGCCCCGCCAUCGUCGACACCCCUGCCCCCGUCGCAGUUGGCCCCGCCAUCGUCGACACCCCUGCCCCCAUCGCAGUUGGCCCCGCUAUCGUCGACACCCCCACCCCUGUCGCCGUGGGUCCCGCUAUUGUCGACACUCCUACCCCCAUCGCAGUUGGCCCCGCCAUCGUCGACACUCCUGCCCCUAUCGCCGUGGGUCCCGCUAUCGUCGACACUCCUGCCCCCAUCGCUGUGGGUCCCGCCAUUGUUGACACCCCUGCUCCCAUAGCAGUUGGCCCCGCCAUCGUCGACACUCCUGCCCCCAUCGCCGUUGGCCCCGUUAUCGUCGACACCCCUGCCCCCGUCGCAGUUGGCCCCGCCAUCGUUGACACCCCUGCCCCCAUCGCAGUUGGCCCCGCCAUCGUCGACACUCCUGCCCCCAUCGCAGUUGGCCCCGCCAUCGUCGACACCCCUGCCCCCGUCGCAGUUGGCCCCGCCAUCGUCGACACCCCUGCCCCCAUCGCAGUUGGCCCCGCCAUCGUCGACACCCCUGCCCCCAUCGCAGUUGGCCCCGCCAUCGUCGACACCCCUGCCCCCGUCGCAGUUGGCCCCGCCAUCGUUGACACCCCUGCCCCCAUCGCAGUUGGUCCCGCCAUCGUCGACACUCCUGCCCCCAUCGCAGUUGGCCCCGCCAUCGUCGACACCCCUGCCCCCGUCGCAGUUGGCCCCGCCAUCGUCGACACCCCUGCCCCCAUCGCAGUUGGCCCCGCUAUCGUCGACACCCCCACCCCUGUCGCCGUGGGUCCCGCUAUCGUCGACACUCCUGCCCCCAUCGCUGUGGGUCCCGCCAUUGUUGACACCCCUGCUCCCAUAGCAGUUGGCCCCGCCAUCGUCGACACUCCUGCCCCCAUCGCCGUUGGCCCCGUUAUCGUCGACACUCCUGCCCCCAUCGCAGUUGGCCCCGCCAUUGUCGACACUCCUGCCCCCGUUGCCGUUGGCCCCGUUAUCGUCGACACUCCUGCCCCCAUCGCAGUUGGCCCCGCCAUCGUCGACACUCCUGCCCCCAUCGCCGUUGGCCCUGCCAUCGUCGACACCCCUGCCCCCGUCGCAGUUGGCCCCGUCAUCGUUGAUACCCCUGCCCCCAUCGCCGUUGGCCCCGCCAUCGUUGAUACCCCUGCCCCCAUCGCCGUUGGCCCCGCCAUCGUCGACACCCCUGCCCCUGUCGCAGUUGGCCCCGUCAUCGUUGAUACCCCUGCCCCCAUCGCCGUUGGCCCCGCCAUCGUCGACACCCCUGCCCCCGUCGCAGUUGGCCCCGUCAUCGUUGAUACCCCUGCCCCCAUCGCCGUUGGUCCCGCCAUCGUCGACACACCCACCCCUGUCGCCGUGGGUCCCGCUAUUGUCGACACCCCUGCCCCUAUCGCCGUUGGCCCCGCCAUCGUCGACACCCCUGCCCCCAUCGCCGUUGGCCCCGCCAUCGUCGACACCCCUGCCCCUGUCGCAGUUGGCCCCGUCAUCGUUGAUACCCCUGCCCCCAUCGCCGUUGGCCCCGCCAUCGUCGACACCCCUGCCCCCGUCGCAGUUGGCCCCGUCAUCGUUGAUACCCCUGCCCCCAUCGCCGUUGGUCCCGCCAUCGUCGACACACCCACCCCUGUCGCCGUGGGUCCCGCUAUUGUCGACACCCCUGCCCCUAUCGCCGUUGGCCCCGCCAUCGUCGACACCCCUGCCCCCGUCGCAGUUGGCCCCGUCAUCGUUGAUACCCCUGCCCCCAUCGCCGUUGGCCCCGCCAUCGUCGACACCCCUGCCCCUGUCGCAGUUGGCCCCGUCAUCGUUGAUACCCCUGCCCCCAUCGCCGUUGGCCCCGCCAUCGUCGACACGCCCGCCGUAUCUCCUGUCGCUGUCGUCGAUACUCCUAUUGACCCCGUCUCUGUUGUCGACGGACCCAGCCCCAUCGCCGUUGGUCCCGCCAUCGACAGUUUCGAAAUCUCCCAGACUCCUGCCAGCCCCUCUCUGAUCACCCUCAUCUUCAACAUCUACAACCAAGCUGGUGAACUCCUCGGCAACCCGGCCGUGAUUGAACCAGUCAAUCCUGCAGUUGUGUCAGACACAGUUGACGAUGUGAACGUAGUGGAUGUGGCCGUUGAUGCUGUGAACGUGGUCGACCAGAUCGUGGAGCCAGUCAGUGUGGUAGAUCAAGUUAUUGAGCCUGUGGCGGUCGUUGAGGCUCCCGUCGUACCUGAGCCUGUAGUUAUUGGAUCUCCAAUAAUUGUGCCUGAGCCCGUCGUCAUCGCUAACCCUAUUGCUGAGCCAGCCAUCCACGCUUGAAAGAGUUCUAAAGAGAAAAUUCUAAGAACAGAUGUGAUUAGUUUCUGUAAUUUGUGAAAUAAACGUUUUGUUCCAAACUUUAAA